GGAUAAACUUUCUCUAUGAAGUGUAUCGGCGGUAAUAAGGUCACUGCUAUUUUUCUGCAACAUUUUCGAACGCAAGUUCAGUGAGACUAUGCGAAGUAUCUCGGUAAAGCGUCGAUGAUCGAAACUUCCUUCUCCAUGCAGAUAACCCGAUCUUCACACUCUUUCGAUUUCGCGCAAGUAUAUUUGCAAAGAAAUUAACAUACGUAGAACCUAAAUUUUCACCAGUGGUUCCCGCCAGUCGCGCGGUUAUUCCGUAUAUAAAUAAAGAUGUAGCACGGAAUUAAAGCCUGUGUGAAAGUGUCCACCACCGGUGUCAGUAGCAAGUGACCAAUAGAAUCAAAUUGAUUGCAACUUCUUGCCGUGCAGUGUCUUCCGAGCAACCUCCGUGGAGAGUCUGAAAUAACAAUGCGUUACGUAGGGACCUUUCUCGGCGUGAUUGCCGUGGCCUUUGCGGCCACCGUCUCCCUGGAGAAUCAGAAGGAGCCGUCGGUCAAACAAGAAGUGACGGCCUCGAGUUCAACGACUGAUGGUUCAAGUGGUGACCAAGUCGACAAAGGAAUUUGGGAAUUCUUGCAGGAUGCUUUCAACAAUUUACCCUUUUCCGGAGGCCAGGAUUCAAAUCUACCGUCGACUCCGGAACCCGUACACAUCCCAGAAAAUUGUCCGCCAUGCGAAUGCGGUAAAACGAAUAAACAUAAUAGGAUUGUGGGUGGAGUGGAAACGUUAGAAAACCAAUAUCCCUGGAUGGCCUUACUAUCUUAUCAAGGUCGUUUUCAUUGCGGUGGAUCAAUUAUAAACGAUCAUUAUAUCUUGACGGCAGCUCAUUGCGUGCAAGGAUUCAAUAAAAAUUAUCUGGGAGCACGGAUUCUCGUUCACGCACGAAACUCAACUGCGAAGUCUGUGGUCCGUGAUUUCAAAAUCUCCAAAGUCAUCAGACACACCGGAUAUUCAACGAUUAAUUACAACAACGAUAUAGCUCUUCUGAAAGUCCACGCUACGAUAAGUCUCGACGACAAAGUGAGACCAGUUUGCUUACCAGAGUUGACCAAAACAUUUGCCGGAGAAAAUGGAACGGUAACUGGAUGGGGAGCGACGUCAGAGUCCGGGCCGGUAUCGAACACACUCCAGGAGGUUGUCGUACCAAUUCUGAGCAAUGCGGAGUGCAGAAAUUCCAAAUAUCCAGCUCACAAAAUAACCGACAAUAUGUUGUGCGCCGGUUACACGAAGGGCGGAAAGGACGCAUGUCAGGGUGACAGCGGGGGUCCUCUCCACGUGAUCAAGGAUUCGAUUCAUUCCAUCGUCGGAAUCGUGUCCUGGGGUGAGGGAUGCGCGCAAGCAAAUUACCCUGGGGUAUAUACGAGGGUGAAUCGCUUCAUAACUUGGAUACGUCGGAACACGCAGGACGCCUGUUAUUGCUGAGCUUCAUUCGCGUUCCAAAAAUUUUUAUAUCGUGACGAAUACGUACACCUAAGUAACGGGUAAUUAUUUCGAUUAUUGAGAAGAGUAUUCCGCGUCGUAUUAACGCGGCGUCAAACGCGAUAACGCGAUGUCGACAUAGUGAUUAAUAUUCCGGUGGUUAUAAGGACCCGUUCAACUCGAGAAUCCGCGAAAAAAAGCGAACUAUGCAAAUUUCAAACAACGGUCGUCGACGCUGCGUCGCAUCCUUGGGUCCAAUUUCCAAGUACUGUAUGCAGUAGAGAAUUUCCGAACCGAAUCCGUAGUUGUAAUCAACACGGCCGCGCCAGUUGCGAAAUAUCUUUUCGAACGACUUAUUCCUCAGACAUUUUUCUACUUAUCGUCUCGCAAUAUUUAUGAGUUUCCAUUUUCAAGACUAAGUUGCCGACAUUUUUUUAAUGAAAAUUCAAUCGAUAGUAUAGACGUCAAGGUGUUUCGCUCGCUUUUUUCGUUUGAUUUUUUUUUUUCUGCAAAGUUUCAAUAUAUCGAAUGAGAAGAAACAGGUGGUGCAGUGAUAGCGCGGACCUUUACUCGACGAUAGCAAAAAAUUUGGAGUUCAGUUCUUCAUGUGUCGCCAGAGAGUAAUACCACUGUUGGGAAAUCGUCGGGUCAUCGAUGUUGAAAUUGUGAAAAGCAUAACACAUUAGUACAUGAGAUGGCACUCGUGAAUUCUAUGCCGCACGCUCUUCAAUUGAGAGUAAAAAGAAAAAGUUUGAAAAAACGUCGAACAAAGAAUCGAGAUCACUCGUCGUCGUUACGAAUGUGGGACCUUUGAUGAGUUUACCUCCUUCACUGUAAAAUUAUGCAACCUUUUGUCACCGUCGAAGAACCCGCUGAUUUAACGUCGAAGCCCUGUACAAAGAAGACUGUUUUCAAGCUGACGGUGACCAGAAUUUCGUAGAGUAUUUCGCGACGUCGCGGCAGCUGCGCCACUAACAUUAUAAUUACAUGAAUCAUAGAUAUAGAUAAAUACUAAUCUAGUCAAAUAACUGCACGAACUUUCCAUAUUUUAAACAGUCAUUUUAUUUAAAUAAAUAUAAAUCGUUCAUCCUA